AUGCGCAGCGCGUUCAAGACCAUUUUGAUUUUCUUUUCCCUCUCGAGUAUCGUCACUUUUUCGGCUGCCGUCGACUGUCCCACUGCAGACAAAAAUGGCUCACCGUUAGUUGCUCCUGGAACUGAUGCAGGUGAUGGCUUCAUUACAUGCACUUAUCAGGCUUCUGGUGCAUGUACAUAUUUCGGGCAGAACGGAGAAUUCUCGUCUGGACCCAGUACGUGCCCCAAAGGCUUUGCUCAAGGAUCGGGAGCAACAACAAGUAGCACGGAGCAGCAGAUUAGCACAACUAGUAAGCAGACUCCCGCUCCAGAGACUACAACUUCGGCUCAAGUGACGACCACAACCUCCGCUCCGCCGCCACCACCUUCGACUACAACGACCACCCCUCCUCCGCCACCACUUUCGACUUCAACCACCCCUCCUCCGCCGCCUCCUUCCACUACGUCCACUCCACCACCCCCGUCUACUACGUCCGUGACUACCUCAAAAUCUGUAGUCUCUACCACUUCUACUACAUCGAGCAGCACUCAAAUAGCCGUAACAACUUCGUCCAGCGCCACAGCAAUCUCUACAACUUCGUCGACCCAGGUGACCUCUACUGCUAGCGCAUUGUCUACAACAGUGUUGUCGGCGGCAGGCAGUAGCACUUCGGGCUUUGUGACUCUUCCUUCUGCUUCGCUCUCGACUGUACCUGCUGUCAGUACUAGCACUUCGACGAUAGCGGCACCUUCAACAUCAACAACGUCCGCCACAACGAAUAACAAUUCGGCAGCAUCGGUGUUGCGUCAGGGACCUGUUACUGCUGUGAUUGGCAUUUUGAUGGUAUUAGGAGCAAUCAAUCUUGUUUGA